AUGCCGACCCUGCUCUCCGCGAGGUCCCGCGGCAACAACAGCCGCGGCGGCGAGGCCGACGCCGACGGUGGGGCUGGUGGUGGAAACCGCGCGUCCUAUGGCAUCGCGGCGUGCGCGGUGGCGCUGCUCCUGUUCUGCGCCCUGGCCGUCUCCGUCAGCGUCUGGAUGGCGUUCACGUUCGGCGGACUGGCCCUGGUCGCCUUCGGCGUCGCCGGCUGCCUCGCACGGGGGCCCAGCCGCAACAGCGACGGCGUGAGCACCGCCGAGAGAGAGGCAGCGGAUGCAGCAGCAGGAGCCGCACCGAGGACGCAGCGCAGGUUUGGGCUGCCCAAGGCCGUGAUCAAUGCGCUGCCGACGUUCGCCUACGAGGGCGGCGGCGACCUCGAGUCCGGGACGGAAGCAUGCAGCGAGCCGUGCUCGGUGUGCCUCAAGGACGUCCAGGCCGGCGAGAUGGUGCGGCAGCUGCCGGCGUGCAAGCACCUGUUCCACGUCGAGUGCAUCGACAUGUGGCUGCACUCGCACCGGACGUGCCCAGUGUGCCGGUGCAACCUCUUGCCACCGCCGAGGAAAGUCGCUGCCAAAGCGGCGCCCGCGCCCACAGCUGAGGCUGCGGAACCGCCGGCUGACGAAGCCCAGCCACCAGUGUAG